GCUCAGUCUCCGACGAACCUUAGAACCGAGCAGUCGCCAUGCGAGCGCACGUACUUACAGUGGCCCAGUGUCAUAGUGUCCUAGUGUGAAGUGAAAAAACCAAGGAAUAUGCCGCAGGAGCAAAAACAACUGGAUCGGGAAUAGUGAGUGAGCCAGUGUUGGGAAGUCGAUGCUAAAGUGCGAGUGAAGGUGUACGUGUGUAAGUGUGCUACGUGUGCGUGUGUUGCAGGCCCAAGAAAGUGAAAUACGAAAAUAGAAAUAUAAAUUGCCGGAGUGCAAGCACACAAGCGAUUACAUAAAGCCCAGCUAUCAUCCCGAACAUCCGACAACUGCAACCAGCGGAGAAUACAAAAAACUGAUGGCCAAUGCUUAAAGAAAACAUACGCAUCGCAUCGCAUCGCAAAAUGUAAAGCAAUAAUCAGCACAACAAAGCCAAAGCUCACAAUAGAAGUAGACGAGGCUGAGGAACUGAGCUGGGGCGAUGCCAAAUGCCAUUAUUGGAAACGGUCGUAGUCAUAAGAUUUGCAUAGUAUAGCAAUAGCAGCAGACAUCAUGAAAGCCCCCAGCGUGAUAAGCACAGCAACAAUAGCAACAGCAAUAGUAUAUACUAGGCACAAUAUGGUUAACAAAAGGAACGGUGACAAUAUUAACGGUAAACUGAGCGAUCCGCUCGCUUGAAAAGUGAGAUAGACAUAUGACCAGUGUUCGAAAGUCGAGUGAGAAGCCUGGCAAGAGAGAGCGCGACCGAGGCAUGCAGCUGCCCUAAGGACCUCGCCCAGGACGACGACGCCGACGACGACGACGGAGGCGAAGGACCAAGAAGCUACCGCAACCAGAGACAGCAGCACCCAACAAAACGACGACAAUCAGUCAAGAUGAGUGAUGAUCAAGCGACGUCCAACGAUGAGAAAGCUGUCGCCAAGCACCAGGUUGUCGCGUACACGCAGAGGUCGCAGGUCAAGCACGAGAACCGGCACAUCCAGCUGGUGCGGGAGUACGGCUUCCACCCGCGCACCAAGGCCUCCGUGGAGGACGGCGACGUGCUGCCCCGCAAGUUCGAGCCCUUUCCGGAGCACAUGUACGGAAAGCCGCUGGAGGAGAUUGACACCUUCAUUUACGAGGAGACCUUCUGUGUGGUAUCCAAGCGGUUCCGGAAGAACUACAUCCAUCGCUUCACGGGCACCAAGAGCCUAUUCCUCUUCUACCCAUGGAGCCCAGCAAGGCGCGUUUGCGUCUACAUCGCCACCAACCAGUUCUUCGACUAUUGCGUUAUGGCCACCAUACUGUUCAACUGCAUCUUCCUGGCCAUGACGGAGACCGUGGAGGAGGCGGAGUACAUCUUUCUGGCCAUUUACUCCAUCGAAAUGGUCAUCAAGAUUAUUGCCAAGGGAUUUCUGCUCAACAAGUACACGUAUCUGCGCAACCCGUGGAACUGGCUGGACUUCGUGGUCAUUACCAGUGGCUAUGCCACCAUCGGCAUGGAGGUGGGCAACCUGGCGGGGCUGCGCACUUUCCGCGUGCUGCGCGCCCUCAAGACGGUGUCCAUCAUGCCCGGAUUGAAGACGAUCAUCAACGCGUUGCUGCACUCCUUCCGCCAGUUGGCGGAGGUCAUGACUCUGACCAUCUUCUGUCUAAUGGUCUUCGCGCUGUUUGCCCUCCAGGUCUACAUGGGCGAGCUGCGCAAUAAGUGCGUACGCCAGGUUCCCACCGACUGGACGAACGUCUCUCACACAGACUGGCAGAUCUGGGUCAACGACACCGACAACUGGCUAUAUGACGAGGAUGAACUGCCCGUGCUGUGUGGUAACUUAACUGGAGCCCGCCACUGUCCCUUCGAGUACGUGUGCCUCUGCGUAGGCGAGAAUCCCAAUCACGGCUACACAAACUUUGACAACUUUAUGUGGUCCAUGCUGACGACAUUCCAGCUGAUCACGCUCGACUACUGGGAAAAUGUGUACAACAUGGUGCUGGCAACCUGUGGUCCCAUGAGCGUCUCCUUCUUUACGGUGGUAGUUUUCUUUGGCUCGUUCUAUCUAAUCAAUCUGAUGCUGGCUGUAGUGGCGUUAAGUUACGAGGAGGAAGCGGAGAUCACGAAUGAGGAACGCAAAAAGGAUCUCUUGGACCACCGGGAUGACUCCACUUUUAGCUUUGAUCCCUCGGUGCUUAACGUAAAAAAGCUAAACAAGAACAACAAAAAGAAGAUCGACUCACGGAAGGGAGUGCUCUUGGCAUCGUACAGCAAGAAAAAAACGAGACGAAAAAAAACCAAAGGUGGAAAGGAGGGUGGCACCAACGGCAAUGGGAACGGCAGCAACGGGGACGACCAUAAAUCCCAUUCGGCCACCCCCAGUCCUGGACCAAGUCCCCGCCACAGCGCAACUGAUUGCCCGUCGGCACUUACUAUGCAAGCUCAAAAACAAUACCAGCAGAUGGAGCAGCAGCACAAGCUGGCCAAAUCUAGCAAUGGCGGCAGCAACUCUGCAAUGCCCCCCACGCCCAAGGGGCGCAUCAGCUUUCAGGACACCGGUUUGGGCGUAAAGAACCCUAAUAUGCUUUACCCCUCGGACUACAAAGGACAGCUCAUCGCCAGCAGCCGUCAGCCGAGCUCCAACUCAAGCGGCGUAAAUCGCGAGUCCUCGCAGGACGACUCUGGGGUAGUGGACGAUCACGAGGAACAAGAUACGACCAACGACAUGGGACACGUGUCCACCGUUGAGCUGGCCCUGUCCCCACGCGAGGUGCGCCUUAUUAAAUGCAAUGGAAACAUUGCACGCAUCAAGAACCACAAUGUGUACGCCCUGCACCAGGAAUUCUCUUCGGAGGUGGUGGUGAUCGAUGACCUACCCGACCGAAACUGUGAUCGUUGCGUUCAUUGGUGCACCGACUACGAAAGCUGGCUACAGUUUCAAAACUGCCUGUACAAAGUGGUGAGGGAUCCUCUUUUUGAGUUGGCCAUCACACUUUGCAUCGUGUUGAACACCGCCUUUUUGGCCAUGGAGCACCACGGGAUGAGUGAAAGUUUCCGCAACGCACUGGAUGUGGGAAACAAAGUCUUUACGUCCAUUUUCACGUUUGAGUGCAUUGUCAAGCUAAUGGCGCUGUCUAAAGAUUUUUUUCUUUGCGGAUGGAACAUUUUCGACCUCCUUAUCGUUACUGCGAGCUUGCUGGAUAUUAUAUUCGAGUUGGUCGAUGGCUUAAGUGUCUUGCGUGGCUUGCGAUUGCUAAGGGUAUUAAAAUUGGCUCAAUCGUGGACUACAAUGAAGGUGCUGCUUAGCAUUAUAAUCUCGACGAUCGGCGCCCUUGGCAACCUCACGCUCAUUUUAGUCAUAGUCAUCUACAUAUUCGCUGUGAUCGGCAUGCAGUUGUUCUCCAAAGACUAUACGCCCGAGAAGUUCGACCCAGAUCCUGUGCCAAGAUGGAAUUUCAAUGACUUCUUUCACUCGUUUAUGAUGAUCUUUCGCAUUCUGUGCGGCGAAUGGAUCGAGCCUCUCUGGGAUUGCAUGCGAGCCGAAGAGGAGCAAGGAGCCUCCACCUGCUUUGCCAUAUUUCUGCCGACGCUCGUGAUGGGAAACUUCAUGGUGCUUAACUUGUUCUUGGCCUUGUUGCUCAACAGUUUUAACUCCGAGGAGCUCAAGUCGAAAAAAGAGGAAGUGGGCGAGGAGUCCAAGUUGGCGCGCAGUAUCGAACGAGUGCGCGACCUGAUUCGCAAGAAGCGACAAGAGCGCAAGGAUCGCAAGGAGCGAAAGUUUGCGGAGAAGUUCCAGCAGAUCGUACUGGAUGCCCAGCAGGCGCACGCUCAGACUCACUCCCACCAGGCUGCAGUAGCUCUGGAGAGAGGCGACAAGCCCGGUGCGCUGGCCGAAACCAAAUUUCACAGAUUGAGCUAUCAGGAAUCUAUGAAUCGCCCAGUUUCUGGCUCAGAUUUCGGCUUCCAGAUUCCCCUGCAUGACGGGUUGCAUACGAUAGUCGAUGGCCUUGAGUAUGAUGACACGGGAGACUUGCCAGAGCAGAUGCAGCUGCAGGCGCAUCCACUGCCACCCACUUCGGACUCCAUGCCUCCUACCUAUGAGAGUGCUAUGAUGGCCGCCACUGCAGGCUCAUUUUCCUCUGUCAAUGGGAACGGGAACUGCCAAAAUCUAACGCCGUUCGUACAAGCCGAGCGCCGGCUGCAGCAUCAAAUCUCUUCGGGAGUGAGCACCCAGCAGAACGAUUCCCGCGAGGAGGCUACCUACACAGAAUCAAUCGAGCUGCGCCUGCUGGGCCAAUACAACUCAACGGAUACAGAUCCGUACGCUAACGAUCAACGGAGCGGCUGUGGUUCCUUUAACCGAGGCGACUCACUGCAGGACAACUCCUCGCGGCGCUACGGAAGCGAAGAGCCCGACGAGGCCUAUCUCAAGUACCAGAAGUCCCUGCUGACGCGAUCACCAAGCUACCGAAAGUCACUGGAUCGCCUAUCCCAAUCUAGCGGGCAAUCUCAGCGCUCAUUGCUCAAGUCGGAAGAGGCUGAGAUGCGUCGUCAUUCUAGCGGCCAGUCCCUAAACUCCAUAUCUAUCGAACAGGAUGAGCUGCUGUCUCAGCAGGGCAAUUUGCGAGAAGAACUGCUCAAUUGCGACCAAAAGGAACUAUUUCAGUUCCUGCAGGAGGAAGAGGAACUGCAAAAGGGGACCAACCUGAGCCGCAUCUCAAAUGUCAUGAGAUCCCGACGACCCUCUAGUCAGAUGGGACAGCCAGAGAACGAAACAUUGGUGGAGCACUCUGAGUUUGACAACAUUAUUCAGAGUUUUGAAAAAGAACUAGAAGAGAUCAAGCGAUCUACUACAUCGUUAGAGCGCAAACUUUCCAACCUUUCAGAGCCCUCUCCGGCAGCCGAUGAAGCCACUAAAGCCAUUAUGGAGCACAUUGCCAUCAUAACAGGCGCUUCCGAGCGCUCGGCCGCCGACGAGGUAGUGCUCCCCUUGAACCCGUACGACAGUUAUGACCUGUCAAGCGUACCACGACGUUCGCAAUCCGUCAGCGCAGCCGCUCAGCGCCAAUCCGUAAAACUAAAACGACGCAGCCUAGAAAAACAGCGCAAGAUCGAUGAGGACUUUAGCAUCUCAAAUGAGAUACGCAAAAUCUGUGAUCAAAUCCACGCCCCUUUCGUGGCCAUGGAAGCAAUGGCAGUCGCAGCCACCAGCGCCAGCCAGGCGACCCAACCUAAUCAAUCACCCUUUCUCAGGCGGAAGGUCGAUCCGUUUACAGUGCAGUUCGAUCGUUUCAAGCGCCUUUCGCUUAUAGAGCGCGUGGAGGAAGUACCCGAGGAGGAGAAGCCUAUCUCGACGCUACGCAUUGAGUCGGAGAAGAUGCCACGCAAGUUUUUGCACGGUCACGACCAGCUGCGCCUGGACAGCCUCUCUCUGAAGAGUACGAACUCGUACGAAAACCUCCUGAUCCAGAAACAGAAGCUGGGCAUGACCGCGCCCCCCGCCGUUCCUGCUACUCCGCCUACCUCCUUGAAAUCGAGCAUCGAGCCACCGACACUGGCGCAAAUUUCAUCGCUAAAAACCACCCCGCCGCUGGCUGCUCUUACCGAGCACCAGCAGCACUUUCAUGCCACAAGCAUUCAAGCAGCACCCACUCACGCCCACGCCCAUGCCCACGCCCAUGCCAACUCUCAGGCACAUGCUCACUCAAUGGCUGGGCAGCGGCGACGCCAGGAGCAUCCGCAAUCGACGCUAGACAAAGCCGCAUCCUUCCAGUCCGCGCGCACCGAGUCGCACAGCUCGGGAGCGGCAGACACGAGCUCAGCCCUGGCUCUGGCCAUGGCCCAAAAGACUGAGCAGUCGAAGACGACGGCGCCAGAGGCCACCCAGAAGCCGUCUGCAUUUACGCGACUGACCGAAAAACCAUGGCAUUGUUUGGUUUCCUACGUAGACGAUCUCACUGUCGGUGGGAGGCGUAACUCGCAGGGAGCUUACAAUGAUCCCAUGACUUUUCCGAGCUACGGGGCCACAAAGGCCGCCAAGGUGCCUGACGACUGUUUCCCGCAGAAGUGCUACGAUCAUUUCUACUUUCGCUGUCCCUGGUUCAUGAGCUGCAUGGACACGCAGAGCGCCAAGCACUGGACGCGCGUGAGGACGGCUGUCUUGGCGGUUGUCGAUACUCCGGCCUUUGAGUGGUUUGUGUUGGUGCUGAUCUUUGCGUCAAGUAUCACGCUCUGCUUCGAGGACAUUAACCUGGACAAGAACAAGACGCUAAAAAGAGUGUUAUACUGGAUUAACUUCUCCUUCUGUCUGAUAUUCGUCGUGGAAAUGAUUCUCAAGUGGCUGGCCCUGGGAUUUUCCAAGUACUUUACCAGCUUCUGGACCAUACUGGAUUUCAUCAUAGUGUUUGUAUCAGUUUUCUCGCUGCUUAUUGAAGAGAAUGAGAACCUGAAGGUCUUAAGAUCGCUGCGCACUCUACGAGCUUUGCGUCCGCUGAGAGCCAUCUCUCGGUGGCAAGGAAUGCGGAUUGUAGUAAACGCUCUCAUGUAUGCAAUACCAUCAAUUUUCAAUGUUCUUUUGGUUUGUUUGGUUUUUUGGUUGAUCUUCUCAAUAAUGGGUGUUCAGUUCUUUGGUGGUAAAUUUUUUAAGUGCGUUAAUGAGAUGGGCGAGCUACUGCCGAUUACUGAGGUAAACGACAAGUGGGACUGCAUCGAACAGAACUACACGUGGAUCAACUCAAAGAUUACUUUCGACCACGUGGGGAUGGGCUAUCUGGCCCUGCUGCAAGUGGCGACCUUCGAGGGCUGGAUGGAGGUAAUGGCCGACGCGGUCGAUGCUCGUGGAGUGGACCUGCAACCGCAGCGGGAAGCCAACCUAUAUGCGUAUAUUUAUUUUGUUAUAUUUAUUGUGUGCGGAUCGUUCUUUACACUGAAUCUGUUCAUUGGAGUUAUUAUUGAUAACUUUAACAUGCUUAAGAAGAAGUAUGAAGGAGGAGUGUUGGAAAUGUUUCUCACCGAAUCUCAAAAACACUAUUACACGGCUAUGAAAAAAUUGGGACGAAAGAAACCACAGAAAGUUAUUAAGCGACCUAUAAAUCAUUUUUUAGCUAUGUUUUAUGAUUUAUCCAAUUCGAGAAGGUUCGAGAUCGCGAUCUUUGUACUGAUUUUCCUAAAUAUGCUUACAAUGGGCAUCGAGCACUAUGAUCAGCCGCAUGCAGUCUUUUUCAUUCUGGAAGUGAGCAAUGCCUUUUUUACCACAGUAUUUGGUCUAGAAGCCAUUGUGAAGAUAGUCGGUCUGCGCUACCACUACUUCACAGUGCCAUGGAACGUGUUCGACUUCCUUCUGGUGCUGGCCUCCAUCUUCGGAAUUCUGAUGGAAGACAUCAUGAUAGACCUGCCCAUUAGUCCGACGUUACUUCGGGUGGUUCGCGUCUUCCGCAUUGGGCGUAUCUUGAGGUUAAUCAAGGCCGCCAAGGGGAUCAGGAAGCUGCUAUUCGCUCUCGUAGUAUCGCUGCCCGCUCUCUUCAACAUCGGAGCUCUGCUGGGACUGAUCACCUUUAUCUACGCCAUUCUGGGCAUGUCGCUGUUCGGACAUGUCAAGCUCCAAGGCGCCCUCGAUGACAUGGUAAACUUCCAGACCUUCGGGCGCAGCAUGCAGUUGCUGUUCCGGCUGAUGACCUCAGCCGGGUGGAACGACGUUCUUGAGUCCCUGAUGAUACAGCCGCCCGACUGCGACCCAUUUAUCCAUGGGCAGACGAACGGAAACUGCGGCCACCCGCUGCUAGCAAUUACCUACUUUACGAGCUUCAUCAUCAUCAGCUAUAUGAUAGUGAUCAACAUGUACAUUGCCAUUAUCCUGGAAAACUUCAAUCAGGCGCACCAGGAAGAGGAGAUCGGCAUCGUCGAGGACGAUUUGGAAAUGUUUUACAUUCGCUGGUCAAAAUACGAUCCACAUGCCACCCAAUUUAUACACUUCUCGCAACUGUCCGAUUUUAUUGCCUCUCUCGAUCCACCAUUGGGCAUCUCGAAGCCCAAUAAUGUCGCUUUAGUGUCAUUUAAUCUGCCCAUUUCUAAGGGUAAUAAAAUACACUGUCUCGACAUUUUGCACGCGCUGGUUAAGCACGUGCUAGGUCAUGUCGAGGAGACCGAUAACUUCAAACAGUUGCAGGAACAAAUGGAUGUCAAGUUCAAGAAACAGUUUCCAACGCGCAAAGAAUUGGAAAUUGUUUCGUCGACGCGGAUCUGGAAACGCCAGGAAAAGGCGGCCAAGACCAUUCAAACGGGCUGGAAGGAAUAUUUGCGGCGCAAGCGGGAAAAGGAACGCUCCAAUUCUGGGGACAGCGCCACUCAAACCUCCAGCCCCGGCGGAUGGCAAUCGAAACUUUCUGCCCUAAAUUUCUUCCAUCUCCAGGUGAGUCGUCGUGGCACCGCCUGCUCCAGUCGAGCCUCGUCUCGAAAAUCGUCGCGUGCCUCGGAUGCAUCCGAUCUCAGCGAACUAGCUGGGCCCUGGUUGAAUCUGCCUCUGAUGCUCGUCUCAGGUGCCGACGAAGUUGUCAAGGAUAUCAAACAGCAAAACGACGAGCUGGGCAAACGCAAAUCCUCUUGUAUCUCCCUAAACUAUGAGUCCCUGCUCGCAGACAUGGUCACUGCCGUUCUCAGAAGUGGCUCGCAGCCUAGUGGCUUGAAUUACCUAGCCGCAAUGAACAACACGACCAACACCACCUCAACCUCCGCCUCCACCUCCGGCACGACCUCCUCCACCGCCGCCGCCACCGCCCCAGCCACUGGGUGUGGCCCAGCAGCCACCUCCGCCUCCGACAGCGACCGACACCAGGCGGUGGGGGGUGGGUCGGCUCCUUCACGUAAGCGCGCCUCUAGUUUCAUUCGCAAGAAACCGCCCCUAGAAAGAGGUUUGUCAGCACAAAGCGCUUUAAGAGUAAACAAGAACGCUUUUGUCUCUGAGGCGCCAGCCCCCGAGGUGAUCGUCACCAGGCCGUCGCCGGAGCAGCAGACGCAUCCGCACUCGCUGAGCCUGCGUCCGGACAACGCAACCCUGGUCCACGUACUGGUACACCGCGAGAGUGAAGAGUACAAGGAGGAGGAUGAGAGCAGCCCGUCCUCGUCCCGCAACGGAAAUGGUUUUGGUAUUGGCCUGGACAUGCUUGGCAAGCAGCCGCCACCUCAGAUACGCAUCACAACGGGCUCAGUAGAGAGCUCGAUGGACACUUGCGCGAUGCCCACAGUGCAGAUAAUGGUGGACAGUCCGAAGGACCCGCCACGCGGCGAUUUCAGCUCAGCACCGAUUGAUGAUGUGGGUGCGCCAAUCGAUGUGAAUGUCCAGGGCGAUACAUCGCAGGUGUUUUACGACUACAAUCCUGAGAAAGCCACCGAUGACCAAGUGAAUGGACAGGAGGAGACAGCGCAGUACGAAUCACUUCCAGACAGACAGAGAUGACCUCCGGUCAAUGCUCCCCUGCGGGAAUCGGAGAAACGCUCCAGCCGUGGCAGCCGCAGCAGUAGCAGCACCACCAGCAGCAUCAGGAGUUGCUCGUCCUCCUCGUCGUCGUCGGCGGCAUCGGCAGCCGCUCCAUCGGCACGGCGUACAAGCUGACAACCUUCGGUCUGAGUGCGUAUUCUGUGCCGAUUCCUGUGUGCAUUUGUGUCAGAACUCGUAGUUUCUUAGGCUUAGGCAUGGGGCCCGCCCCUUUGUUAUCAUAGUCGAUUACCUAUAUAGUUAUAUAUUAAUCGCUUUAUACGAUAUACAUAUAUACACAUAUACAGAUACGAAGCUAUUCAAAUUUAUACAUGCAAUAUCAGUUUAAGGAGGAAAUCAAUAUUAACUAUGUUAACAAGAACGUGCAUUAAACCGUCGUAGUACUCGAAACUAAUCAAAAAUCCGAAUGAGUCGGAAUCGCCAUCAUCAUGGUUAAUGUCACAAUCAGAGUCGAGGAAGAGCAAAUUUGUCGGUAGUUUACUGCCCGAUUUAGUUGUAGUCAGAAUGCCUGACCCACAAGUGAGACAAUGAAGGCAAGGUGUUGUGCACGGCCUUCUCUUCUCCUGCCGUGGGCCAACUUUCUGCCACAUUUUCGAAGGUUGUUUUGAACUAUACAAUACGUAGAGGUUUGCAUCACAUGCAUACAUUACAUGUGUAACCAACUAUCGCGGUUAGAUCUAGGCUCAUAACUGUAGUGUUUGUUUUCGUAAUUAUCGACCUGCAUAUACGGAAGGUAUAUGUGAAUAGUAUCUAAAUACAUUUUGUACAUAUGCCAAAGGAAGUAUUUUAAAUUAAAGAGCUAAUACUAUAGUUACG